UCCAGAGAUCCAUGCGCUCGGCUCUCGGCUCUGCCUGGAGUUGUCAGUGCGGCGACAGCGGUGCUGAAUAUGGCGUCAGACGGGAUGAUUUUAACAAACCACGAUCACCAAAUCCGGGUCGGCGUCCUGACAGUAAGCGACAGCUGCUUUAGGAAUCUCGCUGAGGAUCGCAGCGGGGUCAACCUCAAAGAUCUCGUGCACGACCCAUCCUUGCUCGGAGGAACAAUCUCAGCUUAUAAAAUCGUUCCUGAUGAAAUCGAUGAGAUCAAGGAGACGCUGGUGGACUGGUGUGAUGAGAAAGAGUUAAACCUGAUUUUGACCACGGGUGGCACUGGCUUCGCCCCUCGUGAUGUCACGCCUGAGGCCACUAAAGAGGUUAUCGAGCGGGAAGCUCCAGGAAUGUCUCUGGCAAUGCUGAUGGGCUCUCUGAAUGUCACUCCUCUGGGAAUGCUCUCCAGACCAGUUUGUGGUAUCCGAGGAAAAACUCUCAUCAUAAACCUACCGGGCAGCAAAAAAGGUUCACAGGAGUGCUUUCAGUUCAUAUUGCCCGCUCUUCCUCACGCCAUCGAUCUUCUACGAGAAGCCGUGGUCAAAAUGAAGGAGGUGCCCAAUGAGCUUGAGGACCUGCCUUCGCCUCCGCCUCCUCUGUCCCCACCCCCUGCCAACAGCCCCCACCGGCAGACGGAGGAUAAAGGGGUGCAGUGUGAGGAAGAGGAGGAAGAGAAGAAGGACAGUGGAGUGGCCUCCACAGAGGACAGCUCAUCCUCACACAUCACAGCCGCCUCAAUCGCUGCCAAGAUUCCCGACUCCAUCAUCUCGCGUGGGGUUCAGGUCCUCCCUCGUGACACGGCAUCUUUGAGCACCACGCCGUCGGAGUCACCGCGAGCUCAGGCUACCUCUCGCCUCUCCACCGCUUCCUGUCCCACCCCCAAGGCGCGGCUUCCCUCCUCCUCAUCCACCCUAAGCAUUGCUGAGGCGUCGCGGCGAGAGUUCAGAGCGCACCUGGAUGAGGUCAUCACUCUGAAGUCAAGGUACUCAACCUUGGACCAGCUCCAGUGUAGGUUGGAGGUGCUAAAAGAUGAUCGCCGUGGCCAUAGGACCUUCAGUUCUCGAGUGCAAUCACGAUGCAGCAGCAAAGAAAAUAUUUUAAGAGCAAGUCACAGUGCGGUGGACAUCACCAAAGUGGCACGACGACACCGGAUGUCUCCGUUUCCACUCACAUCUAUGGACAAAGCCUUCAUCACUGUGUUGGAGAUGACUGGAGUUCUGGGCACUGAAAUUAUUAACUACAGAGACGGGAUGGGUCGAGUUCUGGCUCAGGACGUAUAUGCCAAAGACAACCUGCCUCCGUUUCCGGCCUCUGUUAAAGACGGCUACGCUGUGAGAGCUGCUGAUGGUCAUGGUGACAGAUUUAUUAUCGGCGAAUCUCAGGCCGGUGAACAGCCCACACACACCGUCAUGCCGGGUCAGGUGAUGCGGGUGACAACUGGUGCUCCCAUCCCGUGUGGUGCAGAUGCAGUGGUUCAGGUCGAGGACACAGAACUGCUGCGGGAAUCUGAGGACGGGACAGAAGAACUUGAGGUGCGAAUUCUGGUUCAAGCGCGUCCAGGUCAAGACAUCAGGCCCAUCGGUCAUGACAUAAAGCGCGGUGAAUGCGUGUUGUCCAAAGGCACACACAUGGGCCCGUCUGAGAUCGGUCUGUUGGCCACGGUUGGCGUCACAGAGGUCGAGGUGCAGAAGUUUCCUGUAGUGGCUGUGAUGUCAACAGGCAAUGAGCUGCUGAACCCGGAGGAUGAUUUACACCCUGGUAAGAUCAGAGAUUCAAAUCGCUCUACGCUGCUUGCGACUAUUCAGGAGCACGGAUAUCCCACCAUCAACCUGGGCAUCGUAGGAGACAACCCCGAUGACCUGUUGAAUGCUCUGAAUGAAGGAAUCAAUCGUGCUGAUGUCAUCAUUACCUCAGGGGGCGUGGCCAUGGGUGAAAAGGAUUACCUGAAGCAGGUACUUGAUAUAGACCUUCAUGCUCAGAUACACUUUGGUCGUGUCUUCAUGAAACCAGGUCUCCCCACAACAUUUGCAACUCUUGAUAUGGAUGGGUCUCGAAAACUUAUCUUUGCUCUGCCAGGUAGGGACGGGAAUCCGGUGUCGGCGGUCGUAACAUGUAACCUCUUCGUCAUACCUGCCUUGAGGAAAAUGCAGGGAAUCUUAGACCCUCGACCCACCAUCAUCAAAGCCAGGUUGUCAUGUGAUGUAAAGCUAGAUCCACGGCCUGAGUAUCACCGCUGUAUUUUAACAUGGCACCAUCAGGAACCUCUGCCGUGGGCACAGAGCACAGGGAACCAGGUUAGCUGCAGAGUAAUGAGCAUGCGGAGCGCUAACGGACUGCUGAUGCUACCUCCCAAAACCGAGCAAUACGUGGAGCUGCACAAGGGCGAGGUCGUGGACGUCAUGGUCAUUGGCCGUCUAUGAUGUCACCAAAUAGAGACAGACGUUGAGAGGAGGGGCGAGCGAUGGGUGCUUCACGGUGCAUGUUCACAUAUCAUUGACUGUAAUAUGCAACGGCACAGCUAGUUUUUAUUGAUUUGGAUAAUGCUGAAGUAUAGUCAACAUCUUGAUCACAAAAAUAGAUACAUAUGAGAAAAAAAAUUUAUUUAAAAAUUCUAAUAUUUCAAACAAAGAAAAAUAUAACUUUUAAAUUAUAAAAUCUAAUUAUAAAAGAGAUUUAUUCUGUAUUAUUAUUAUUAUUGCAUUUUUCUUCUCAUUAUUAUUAUUAUUAUUAAUUAUUAUUAUUAUUAUAUUAAGGCAACUUUGUUCUUUUCAUUGCAGUCGCUGUGUGUUCAACGCUAGAUCUUAUAGCUGUAGCAUUUUAAUAGAAAACUGUAGGUGCCUGCCGGGAAAAAAAAGAUUAUUAUUUCCCCAUCUUAACUUUAAAAAAGAAAAACUUUGAUGAUGAACAAUUAUUGCUUUUGUUUUCAGUCGUGGGGACGAAAAGUUGAAACGUGGCUCUGGAGGGCGGCACUUUUGUCUUACGUGUCAUUAACGUGACACUUUUACUUUUCCUCCCAUUAGUAAGCAUCAUUAUGACAUCACAAAGAGCUUUGCUUGUCGUUUAUCUCGUGAGUCUUGUUUGUGUGCGCAGUGCCAAACGCGUGGGUGCGCGAAGGUCGUGCCCGGGGGAACACGGACCUGCUCACCCAAUCCCUGAAGCUUCCUUAUAAUCACAUGACCUGGUGUAGCCUCGCCCCCGUCCCCCAGGGGGUGGAGUCACAGUCGAGCGUUUUAUUGGAAUAUACAGUAUAUACUUUAAAAGUAACAGCUUAUUUAAGUGCUGACUGCCUUUUUAAUCAACUACACAAAAAUGUACAGUAAACAAUCGAAUUGUACAGAUAAAUGUGACCAGCACUCCUGCGAAUAUGACCAAGCAAUGAGGCGACAACUAUUCUGUAUAAUAAACAUUUUCUGUAUCGAUAAGAACUUAAUGACAGAGAGAGACUACAAUAAUACAAUCCUUGACCAUUAUAUAAAGAAUAGCAUUGUGGAAUUUUCUUGUAAUAAAAUAAAUAAAAACAUUA